AUGGUCGACUCAGAAGGCAACUCGAACAAGGAAGAUCAACAAUUCUCGGCUUCAGAUCUUCAAAAACUGGUGAAAUUGAUGAAUCUUCAGCUGGCCCUGAUGCAUAAUCAAAUGCCUCAAGCAGGGAAGACGAGCUCGAACCUGCUACAAGAUGUUUCGACUAGAUUUUAUCUCCAGCCUAGUGAAAAUCUAGGUAUACCUCUCACAAUGAAUCCAUUAACAAUUCUAAACUUUCACUCUUGGUCGAAGUUAGUUUUGUUGUCCUUGAAAUCGAAGAACAAGCUAAGUUUCAUUGACGGUUCCCUCCCAAAACCGGACAGAUCUGACGAUUCAUUUCAGGCCUGGGAUAGGUACAAUACUCUAGUCUUGUCUUGGCUGCAUGCAUCUAUCAGUAGUGAAAUUUUGCACAGUGUUCUAUCAUGCCAUGUAGUAUGUGAUCUCUGGGAAGAUCUUAGGCAUCGAUUUUAUCAAGGAGAUUUGUUCAGAAUUGUAGAAUUAGAAGAGGAAAUGUUUGCUAUUAAACAAGGUGAUUCCUUCAUCACAUCUCAUUUUACAAGACUCAAAACCUUAUGGGAGGAACUGGAUGAAUUCCAACCAAUUAUAAAAUGUGAAUGUGAUGAUUCAUGCUCAUGCGGCAUUGAGCUUAUGAAGAAGUAUAGGUCUCAAACUCAUAUUGUUCAAUUAUUAAGAGGAUUGAAUGAUGAUUACUCAAUGGCCAGAUCUCAGAUCAUGCUCAUUAAGACACUCCCUGAUGUGAAUGAGGUUUAUUCAUUACUAUUGCAGCAAGAGCGCCAGCUAACACGCUCAAGCCAAAACGAUGGGAAGCUACUAAUAAAUGCUACCAUGAACUUCAAUAACUCCUCCAACAAUCGUUUUGGUGGAAGUAGGCAAGAUGACUCACGUGGCAGGGGCAAAGGGAGCUCCAACUGGGAAAAAGGCACUAAUAGACGUGGUCAAUUGAGGAAAUGUUCGCACUGUGAGAGGACUGGAUAUUUGGUUGACACAUGCUACCGUAAGCAUGGGUUUCCUCCUCACUACAAGCAUGGUUUUGGCUUAAAAACCAUCAACAAUGUGAACACUGAUGAAUAUUUGCAAAAGAUCAGUGAGAGCCUCAUUUGGAAGAUAGACAAGAUGAGCUUGAGGAUGAUUGGCAUUGCUGAACUAACUGCAGGCCUGUAUAUCUUGGAUUCUGUCCACAUGCAUACAUUGCACCCACGCUCACAGCAAUCUCAACUAGUCAAUAAGAAAGGUUGUGUCAAUAAUGUUGUAAAUAAGUCAGAUUUGGCAGCAUUAUGGCAUAGUAGACUAGGACAUAUUGCUAAGAAUAGAAUAAAAGCUAUUGCAAAAGUUUUAUGUGAAUCAGAUUCCCCCUCUGGUGCCUUGUCCUCAUUUUCAAAGUAUCUUAUCUCAUUCAUUUCAUAUAAACAUAUCUCCCCGUCUCACAAAUCCCUUUCCUUCGCCAUCGACAAUCUCAUUGAAUCUCAAAGUUUUGAGCAAGUUAUUCAUCAUGAUGGUUGUUGGCGCCAAGAACUUAGGGAUGAAAUUCUAGCCCUCGAAACCAACAAAACCUGGGUAAUCACCACUCUUCCAAAGGGUAAGUGCGCCGUUGGGUGCAAGUGGGUCUUCAAGACCAAACUCAAGCCAGACGGCUUGGUAAAACGCCACAAGGCCAGGUUGGUGGCCAAGGGCUACACUCAAUUAGCUGGAUUUGACUAG